AUGCUAGAAGGGGUCGAGAAGAAAGAGUCUUGGAAUGAGGUGAAGAGUAGGUUAUGGAGGGUGAUGUGUCCUGUAAGAGAAAAAGAAGAUCUCCUCAACCGUUGCAUCAGUCGCUUUCAACGCAAGGGGGAGCGCAUGGUUGAGUACAUCCAAUCUCUUAAAGAAAAUGCUACAGCCUUGGGGGUGAGUAGGAGUACUGAGGAUCUCAUCGCGUGGGUUAUAGAUAAUAUGGAUCCAGGGGUGCGGCCACAGUGUGCUUUCCUCAAUCGCCCAAGAAAUGAUGAGGAAUUGGGAUCCUGGGCCAUACAAGUCGACAACCUGGUGUAUACGUGUAGGGUCUAUGGUGAGCAAACUGGUGGAAUGAAUGAGGGAAGGGUUCCAUCCACAAGAGAUGUUAGGAGUGCUCAGGAAAGUGUUGCUGGGUAUCCAAAAAGGGAAAUUUGUAGUAAUUGCUAUAAACUGGGGCAUUCUUCGAGGGACUGUUGGAAUCGUAAACGUGAAACUAAGAGCUGUUUUCAUUGUGGAAAAAUGGGGCAUCUGGUUAGGGAUUGUCGGAUUAAGUCUGCUGAUGAGAGGAUGAGAAGGGACGGAGAGGUGAAGAGAGACUUUCGGGGUGGACAAGAGGGGAAAGUAGUAAAGGGGUGGCAAAAUCGAAAUGUAAGGGAGCCAAGUAAAGCAGAGAAAACUUCGGAGAAGGAAAAUGGAGGACAAGUCGCCGUAAUUAAAGCCAAGUCUGGGGGGAAAAGGUAUAGAAGUUUUUGGGUAGAUAUUCAAGUGGGUGAGAAUAAGUUCCAAGCUAUGGUAGACACAGGGGCUAGUGCCAGCUUUGUCAGCCAACAUUUUGUCAGCAAACUUGUGGGGAUGAUGCCGGAAUUGAAGACCCGGGUGCAAGUGGGAAAGGGGUUCGAGUUGCAGGUUGCAAAUGGGGAAAGUUAUCAAGUCAAGGUUUUCUUUUUAAUGCAUUUUAAAAUCGCAAAAUUCUCUUGGACACGGAGGUUUUGGGUUCUCCCUGAAUUGAUUAGUGAUGUGAUCUUGGGACUAGAUUUUCUUGAAGAGACUCGAGCGAUUCUCAACUGCGGCAACCACCAGCUCAGAUUUGAUUUUGAUAAGGAUUUCGUUAUAGAGGUCGUGGAGAAGAGGUCCAAGAAAGAAAAUUGUUCUCGAAUACAGGUCGAGGAGGGAAGGUUGAGCCAGAAACAAGAACAGCAAAUCCAGAGAGUUAUUGAGGCUUUUCCUGAUGUUCUAACUUCAAGGCUAGGAAAGUGUGAAUUACUACCAUACCAAAUUAAAGUCAGCGACGAAGAACCCGUGAAAUGCAAACCAUACCAGUGUUCUCCUCCUAAGUUGUUGGCUUUUAAAGAAAUAAUCCGUGAUUUGGAAGAACAGAAAAUCAUCAAACGAACUUUAUCUCCGUAUGCAUCGCCUGCCUUCUUGGUCAAGAAGAAAGAGCCUGGAAAGUACAGACUCGUCCUCGACUACCGGCUCCUGAAUCGAAAGAUUAAGGUGGACCUGUUCCCAUUGCCCAACAUCGAAGUUCUAUUCCAGUUCCGGUUUAAGAUCGCACACGUCAAGGGUAGUAACAACGGGGUAGCCGAUGCAAUUUCACGGAUGUAUGAUCCAGGGGAGUUCAAAGUUGAGACAAAGGGGGAAGAGGAAGGAGAAGUAGAGAAAGCCUGUGCAGUCUGGGAAAAGGAACAGCAGAAGCAAGAAGAGGUCGGCGUCCCAGCUGUCCAGUUAAUGGUGGUGUAG